AUGAAUGUGGGUGAUCAGCCUAAUAAUAAUCUAAGAACAAGGCAUAGCUUCUACAUAUCAAAAGGGCCCAAGGACUCGCAUAGAGAACCCUUAUGCAAAUCAGAAGUCAAUGUUCCACAAGAAUACAGCGUAAGACCGAACAGCUCUCGGGAGACACAUAUAACAUUUAGUAGUCUUGGAGAAUACUAUAAGAAAUAUGAACAUGAUGAGGUCCCUGUUAAAGACUCUAGUUAUGAAGAGGUAGCAACAGAACGGCACAAAUCAUUAACGAAUUCUGAACUUGAUAAAUUAGAGAUUAAAAUAUACAAAAACAUUUCUCAAGAGCUUCAGACUGAUGAUAACUCGGUCGGUAGCCUGGAGUCGAAUAUUAAGUUUUUCAGAACGACCGUUCAAGAGAUUUUUGAUAAUUUUUACGCCAAUAUGCGCGAUUUUGAGAUUUAUAAAAAAAGAUUUAACGAAAUUCUUUCAAAAAAUAAGGAGGAUGCAGUGGCUGAUAUGGAAGAAUUCAUAAAAGACAUGAUUCAACACAUAAUGUCUUCCGAAACCGUUAUUCCGACUGAGAUCAAGAAGAAGAAUAAUAGCCCGCCGUCGCCGCCGCCGCUACCGCCAUCUAUGUCUUAUAGAGACAAGGAGACAAAUGUGAGCAGCUUGGACGACGGCUCAACUAAUGAUACGACUGGUUCAACCAACGAAAAUCUGCAAACGGUAAUCGAAGCUUACAAAAAUGAUAAUUAUCUUACAGACUCUACUUUUGAUGAAAAUUCAUCAAAGGCGAAACCUCCUCCAAAUAAGGAAGAAAUCUUCAAUAUUUACCUUCUAAGCGGAAAUCCCUGCGUGGAAAUUAAAAUGAAUGAACGAAAUCUAUUAUCUGAAAUCAACAUUAAAGAGCCGGUAAAAGUACCAAACGAAGGUAAACACGUUGCGUCUGCCGAUGACAUGGAAAGACUGAAAGCCAAGAAGAUGGAGCUGGAGAAGUACGUAGAGCGCCAGGGACAGGACCUGAACGUGCCGGACAGAGAAAUACCCGUAAAAGUUUCCUACGCGAAGAAGAAUAUACAUCUAAAUGAGGACUUUUCCCAUGAACGUGACUGUGAAAAAUCUUUUAUUGCUAAACUCUGUAAUUUUUUGUGCAGAAGAUUCCGUAAAUCGAUUUGA